AAAAUACUAAGUAGCAAAAUUUUUUAAAAAAAUCAGAACCGAAGAUAUGAAUCCUCAAUAGACUCCCGAGUCAACCCGGUCAACACUAAUACCAGUCUCGUCUUCCUUUCCCUACCCUUUCCCAGUCCCCAACCAAAGCGCAUCCGCGAACCGACGAUCCACCACAGCACCAGCGAAACGGAGGCGGAGCGGAGCGGAGCGGAGCAGAGCAGAGCAGGCAUGGCGGCCGAGCCAUCGCACCCGUUCGUCUACAUCGACGCGGCGGCGCUCCACUCGCUGCUCCCCUUCACGUCCCUGAUCCCGCACCUCCGCGCGGGGCUCGCCCACCCGGACCUCUCCACCUGCAUCCAGUGCCCGCAGCGCGUCUCCUUCCCGCUCCCCACGGCGGGGCCGUCGGCCGCGCUCCUCCUCAUGCCCUCCUGGUGCGCGCACCCGUCCCUCCCCUACCUCGCGCUCAAGGCCGUCACCUCCUUCCCGUCCAACGCGCCGCGCCUCCCGUCCGUGCACGCCGCCGUCUCCCUCUUCAGCGCCGCCACGGGGGUCCCGCUCGCCUCUAUCGACGGCACCGCGCUCACGCUGCGCCGCACGGCCGCCGUCUCCGCGCUCGCCGCCUCCCUCCUCCUCGCCUCCCGGUCCCGCCCGCCGGAGGUCCUCGCGCUCGCGGGCGCCGGCGCGCUCGCGCCCUACCUCGCGGAGGCGCACCUGGCCGCGCUCCCGUCCAUCUCCCGCGUCCUCGUCUGGAACCGCACCAGGGCCAAGUCCGCCGCGCUCGUCGCCAGGCUCCGCGAGUCGCACCCGGGGCUCGCCGUCGAGGAGGUGGACAGCAUGGACGAGGCGGUCGCCGCCGCGGACGUCGUGAGCUGCGCCACGGGGUCGCGGGACCCCAUCGUGCGCGGGGCGCUGCUGCGCCCCAGCGCGCACCUGGACCUGGUGGGGUCGUUCACGCCCGCGAUGCGGGAGUGCGACGACGACGCGCUGCGCCGUGGGAGGGUGUUCAUCGACUUCGAGGCGGCGAUGGAGGAGGCCGGGGAGCUGGUGGGCGCGGUCCAGAGGGGCGUGCUGAGGAGGGAGGACGUGGCGGGCACGCUGUCGGAGCUGGCCGCAGGGACUGUGGUGGGGCGACGCAGCGACGACGAGAUCACCGUGUUCAAGUCCGUUGGCACCGCCGUCGUGGAUCUCUUGGCGGCGCAGCUGGCCUACGAGACGCACGUCGCCGCAACCAAGGAUGCUUGAGGCGAGCAGCUUUGUAGUUUUAGAUGAUGCGGCCGGUGUUCCUUUUUCUUCUCCAACGAGCCAUCAGAACACAAAUAAACGGAUCAGCUCAAUCCUUAUUAUGCACUAUUCAUAAUGGUUGGUGAUACAUCCACUUGUUAAUGAAUUCCAAUGAGAAUGUAUGUUUUCUGUACUCCGCGUCUAUAUGUUUGUUUGUGCUUACUCAUGUUUGUUGGGAAAGUGAAUUCGUAA